UCAAAGACCGCAUAAUGGUAUUUUUGCUUGCCAGAACUAUAUGCCGUAUUAGCUUUAAUUAAAUUGCUUAAUCAAAACACAGUUAAUUAAUAAUGACUAGUUUACAAAAAUACCGAUAUUGUUUUAUAGCGGGAUGUUUUGCAGCCGGUGGUAGGAAGUUUCUUUGGAAAAAUGCCCAGUUUCUUGGAGAGUGGUAGAUGUCAUAAUGUGAUACAAGAUAUGCUACCUCAGGAUAUACAAUAUUACACAGAAAUCUUUAUUGUAAAAAUCUUACCCAUAGCUGUAAUGAUUUUGUGUAACGUUUUGAAUUGGCGGUAUUUCUUGAAGGCUUUGCAACUAGCAGAACAAACUUUGACUGCCACAGUACUAACCUCAGCCUCCAAUUAUGUUGUAUCGUUUAUUUUAGCAUCGAUGAUAUACAAAGAGCCCAUCACCCUCCUAUCCACAGUGGGGACAACACUUAUCAUUACGGGCUUAUGGUUUCUAUGUGAUGAGCCAGGCAAACGUAUGGAAAAGAAAGAGCAGAAGAAAUCGAGAUGAAACAUUCCCCCAAAGAAAAACUACAAGAUUUUGGAUAAAUUUCAGUUUUUAUGUAGAUUUUUUUGUUUGUUUUUAAUUUAUUAAAAAUUAUAUUUAAUAAAAUGAACAUAAAUAAGUAUA